GGCCGAGAGUUCCGCCUUUCCCUCCGCCCUUUCCCGGUGGUUGCUGCCGCUGCUCUCCCGCCGUCUGCCUGGGUCGCUCCUGUGGCGGCAGUCGCAGCAGGCAGCAUGGCGGCAGUGGAAGCCCGGGUGUGCGAGACGGCGGGAUGCAGCAGCGAGGCCAAGCUGCAGUGCCCCACCUGCAUCAAGCUGGGCAUCCAGGGAUCCUACUUUUGCUCGCAGGAAUGUUUUAAAGGAAGCUGGGCUACUCACAAAUUGCUACACAAGAAAGCGAAAGAUGAGAAAGCAAAACGAGAAGUUUCUGCCUGGACUGUAGAUGGAGACAUAAACACAGAUCCCUGGGCUGGUUAUCGAUAUACUGGGAAACUCAGGCCACAUUAUCCACUGAUGCCAAUGAGGCCUGUGCCGAGUUACAUUCAAAGGCCAGAUUAUGCAGAUCACCCUUUAGGUAUGUCUGAGUCAGAACAGGCCCUUAAAGGAACAUCUCAGAUAAAGAUCCUUUCUUCAGAAGAUAUAGAAGGGAUGCGGGUUGUGUGUAGGCUUGCUAGAGAAGUCUUAGAUGUUGCUGCCAUGAUGGUGAAGCCAGGUGUAACCACUGAAGAAAUAGAUCAUGCUGUUCAUUUAGCAUGCAUUGCCAGAAAUUGCUACCCAUCGCCACUGAAUUAUUAUAAUUUUCCUAAGUCUUGCUGUACAUCAGUAAACGAAGUAAUCUGCCAUGGCAUUCCAGACAGGCGACGCUUACAAGAGGGUGAUAUUGUUAAUGUGGACAUUACUGUUUAUCGUAAUGGUUAUCAUGGGGAUCUCAAUGAGACAUUUUAUAUUGGAGAAGUUGAUGAGGGUGCAAAACGAUUAGUUCAGACAACAUAUGAAUGCCUAAUGCAAGCAAUUGAUGCAGUAAAGCCUGGUGUACGGUAUCGAGAAUUGGGAAAUAUUAUACAGAAACACGCUCAAGCCAAUGGAUUUUCAGUAGUUCGGAGCUACUGUGGGCAUGGGAUUCAUAAGCUUUUCCACACUGCUCCCAAUGUGCCACAUUAUGCCAAAAAUAAGGCUGUUGGAGUAAUGAAGCCUGGCCAUGCAUUUACGAUAGAACCAAUGAUCUGUGAAGGUGGCUGGCAAGACGAAACCUGGCCCGAUGGUUGGACAGCAGUUACCCGAGAUGGCAAGCGGUCUGCUCAGUUUGAGCACACACUCCUAGUCACAGAUACUGGGUGUGACAUCUUAACCCGGCGGCUGGAUAGCAUUCGUCCUCACUUCAUGACCCAGUGCUAGUAAAAGCCACCUGAAGAGCUUGAAAUGAGCAUUUGUACUAUGCAUUUUAUUAAUGUACAGGAUGAAAGGGGGAUUUUAUCACUUGUUUUCUUGUCAUUGCCUAUAGGUAAGAGAAAUGCAAAUCUGCAUCGUACAACUUGGAAGAAUCUGAUGCAGAGGACCCCAACACUGUUUGAACUUUUAAAAAGAAUUUCCAAGUAGCACCCCUUUGUUUUCCUUUCCAUCCACCAAAAGAAAACCACAGCAAAAAAAAAAAAAAAAAGCUGGGAUUCAGAUGAUUUUGUCACUGCUACAGUUGUCAGCUGGUGUACCUAAGACAACAUUUUCAUGGUGAAUGUGAGAGCCUACCUUAGGUUUUGAACUUUUCUUGUUCCAAAGGCAAUCCCUGCUUAGCUUGUGCUGCAAAGGCAGUUUUAAACAGGCUAGGCUUUCAUCUGUUUACAACUCAGAGGUGGCAUUAUAUACUACAAAAAUGAAACUAGUACUGUGUACUAGUCCCUCUAGAACCUUGUCUGCCUUUCCUUCUACCAUUUUGGUUGCCUCUGUUGUAAUUGUAUAUAGAAGUACAAUAACUGCUAGUUAAGUGAAGAGAGUUUGCCUUUGCCCAGCGGUUCUCUGUAAAAAGCCGUAAAGUGAGGCAGGGAGGCCAAAAUUACUGAGAUCCUGCCUGGUUUGAGCUUUUACCAAAUUACAGCUUUAAGAUGGGUAGCACUUGAUAGCCAAUAAGGGUCUAAAAUUUCACUAGUACAAAGCUGUUAUUCCAAUUGAAAUAGAAAAAAAAUACAAAGAAUUCCUGUCCACCAUGUAUAUUACAUUUGUGACUUUCUAUGACUUCAUUGCCAUAUCAAAUGUUUGUCCACUGUAGGGCUCACUUGGGAUUGAUAAGAUUUCAUCACAGUAAAUGAUACUUUGGGAUUGUGACGUGCAGCUGUCAGGAACUGGAUCAGAAGUGGUUACUUUUUAGUCCAUAACAACUGAAAUCAGAUUCACUGCAGAUUAAAGAGGAAAAUUUUUGCCAGUGUAAUGAGAACUCAGCCACAGACAGGAAAGUAAGAUAUAAUGCUGCAUGUUUCCCACGGCACAUUUUAUCACAUAAUUAUUUUUCUGAAUUGUACUUAGGCAUUUGACAGAGCAGGUGCUGUUACAACUGGCCAAUGUAAAGGAAGCUAUUGUAGUAAAGAUAAUGCCCUUGAAAUGUGCAAGAUUUGGGCAGCCCUGGAAAUCAUUAAUCUUUCCUCAAAAGUUCUUAGACCAACAACCAAGGUGACGGUGUGGUAAUGAGUUGGUUAUACAGAUUUACCGUGUCAGGGAGGCUUAAUUUUGUUGGCCAGUGGCUGUUUCCAUCUAACUUUGUGUUCUGUAAUGAGAAUGAUUUUUCAACUACAUUUUUUAUUCUGGUGCCUACUUCAUCCAUAGUGUUGAAGUAUAGCAAUGGAAAUGAAGACAAAUAAAAGUCAUAAAAUCAUGGGCAUAA